AUGCGAGCACCGCGGGUAGGAUCGAACACGCGUCUGUUGGGUCAGCAUCAGAGCACGCCCGUGAGGAGCAAAUCCAAGAAAGCGAGAAGCAAGGCCCCACAGGAUGAACACGAAGAAGAGGAAGAGGAGGACGAAGAAGAAGAAGGAGAGAGCCAGGAGCCCGGAGACAAUGAGAAAAUGGCCUAUGUGAGCUCACUCCGAAUCGACAGCAUUAUGAAGGCUGGUGUCAACUUGUCCAAGACGAAAGUUGUCGAAAGCUUCUACAAUGGUAGCAUACGUCUUAAUGGCAAGAAGGUGACCAAGAAGAGCACCCAGGUUUGUGUUGGUGAUGAUGUGGACCACAUCCUGGAGUUCAGUGCGCAACAUCCAAACUUGAUGGAAGUUGACCGUGUCACGCUGUUGGCCACGCAUCACGAGCGUGUCACCGAUAAAGGACGAUUCCAAGUGCGGUUACGCUGCCAACGACGACUUGUUAUAGAGAAGUACGCUGAUGAAGACUGAACGCUUUCUCUGUUCGUGUACGUCAUUGGCCAAGCAGUGUUGCCAGCCCACCGUUAACACGUUCAGUUUUACAGGGAGGUUGCAGUGCGGUGAUGAACUGUGUGUCUGAUUAGCACAAUGUGGUUGAAGAAACAGCAGAGCAAAUCUUCGAUUUUUAUUACAGUUUAGUUACAAAUAAAAAUUCUUGAAUAGCC